AUGGUGAACCCUGAAGACGUGGCGGUCGCGCUCGAGAUGGAGGACUUCCUUUUCCGCCCAGUCGACCAGGUCGCCCACAUGCAGAACCUGCUCGACGUGGUGAUGUCGUGGUCGGGUAGCAUCGACGAACAGGAGGUCAAGACUACCUUCGAGAGUGGUGGGCCACAGGCAAUGGCGGGCUUGCCGGACGCGCAGUUCGUCGUCCAGCGAGCCGGUGUGGGGCGGUACAACGUGCUGCGCCAUUUUAUCUUCAAGCACGGUAGCAACCUGAAGCGUGCAGACGCGCACCUGUGCACCAUGGGCCAGUCGUCGACGUUCCCUGCGGCCGAGGAAAACAAUACGCGGGGCCAGCGGAAGAACUUCAACGCGAUGCUCGACCGCCUGCCUGGAUUCCACGCUCGCCAUUUCAGUGUGACCCGCAAGGAGCACCCGAAAGAUCAGCAAGGGAAGGGGUGGGACCCGACGCCAGAAGAGAUCCGCGACGGCUUCGCAUACAUCCGCGAGCACUACCAUGAAAUUGCCGGCUCGAGUGCUAUCGAAGCUCAGGAGUGGGUGCUGCUGCAGACUAAGGUCCGGUCAUGCGCCUGCCAUGGGUGGCCGACUAGCCAGAUCGAGAAGGCGUUGGUGAACAUGGACAAGGCAUCGGCCUCGGCCGAUGUAGACACUUUCUUCCCGCUGACGUCGUGCGACCUGCACCCUGUCAUCCAGGAUCUGCUGCUGCCAUUGGUCGAUGCCUUCGCCCCGCUCUCUGGCACCAUGGUCUUUGGUGCUCCCGGAGUGGGGAAGACCCCCCUGUGCCAGAUCGCAGCCAUGGCCUGGGGUCGAUACGUGACGCGGAGCAAGGGCAUCGACAAAGAGCCUGGCUACCGGCGCGGCAAACAGAUGGAUGUGUUCCGUGACAAAGCGACUCCUGUCUAUGAGGGUAUACUGCUCGACGAUCCGUCUCUAGACCGCAUCGAUGUCGAGGACCUGGAGGCCUUCGGCACCAUCCACGCAGCCGGCCAUUCUGACGCGAGAUAUACCCCCCAAAAAUGGGCAAAGGGACAGUUCCACGAGCUUCUCAGCAAUAGUUGGUCUGAAGAUGCUGAGCCGCCGUCCUCGGCUGGAUUCUUCGUCGACCCGCAGCUCUUCAUGAAGAUGCUCGAGAAGCCCUUCGGCUACCUGAGCCAAUCGCACAGGCUCGCCCUCACCAAGCGGUUCGUGCUGGUGGUCGUCGGCCGGCGCGCUCUGUAUGUGCGAGCGCCCAGCUCCGACGACGCUGCCCAAAUCUUUAAGUUCACCCAGGGCGACGUCGCGUCCGAUUUAUUGCUGCCCGGCAACAAGGGCGUCCUGGCCGGGUUCUACCAGGGCAUGGACCAUGAGGACUGCGUGCGCCCAGACUAUGCGCUGCACGUCGACAACGAGUACAGUCUCGUAUGCGAGGUGCAGGAGGCGGUGCGGCAGAAGACCUCAGAGGAAAUCGCCUCGCGGUGGGCGAAUCGCACGGCCGACCUUCUAUCGUCAGCCAGCGCCGCGCCAGCUGCACCUUCGAUUCACCGCGUUCCCGCGACUGCCGGCACGCCGGCGUCCGACUCCGGCGGCGCGCGCGCGCGGGCGGAUGCUGACGGCCAGCAUCGCUUCCGCCUGCCGGCCGCGGGGUCGCUGGCGCCGACAGGUAUGUCGCGCCGCGCGUUCCGAUACCCCCUCCCCACGAAGCGCGAGCGCGUGGAGUUGGAUCCGGCCGACGCACUUGAUGGCUCGAGACCGAAGAGGGAUCCCGGCAGCGCCGCUGCGGGGCAUGCAUCGGACAGCGCCAGCGGCGCCAGCCAGCGCCAGCGGCGCCGUGAUCGACGUUCUCUCAAGCGGGACGAGAGCGAGGCCGAGGGCGAGCCGCCCGCCCGCCUCCCGCGGGGGGCCCGCCUGUACGACAGACCACUCGGCUCCGCCCUGUCGAUGCAGGUCCGCCCCGAGAAUGUGCUGCAAUAUCCAGACUGCUGCCUCCUGGAUGCCCUCAACGCCAUUGGCGUUCCCGUGCCCUACGAUCGCCCGGGCCCCUACACUCUGGGCGAGGCAGAGGCUAUGAUCAGCCUCUUCGGUUUGUCGUUUCUCCGCUCGCGACCCCGGUCGGCCAGGGGCUCCCAGACCGGGCGCUACGUCAUCGUGUACGAUGCCGCGCCCGAGCACCCAGGGCACGCCGUCGGCGGCAUUGUUGAGAAAGGCCACGUGCAUUUCAUUGACGGCCUGCGAGAGCAGAUCAGCGUGGGCCAUUCCGCCUGGCACCUGCUGCCCGACGGCGCGCCUUCGGAGAGUUGUGAGUGGUACCGGGUGGUCUGCUUCAUCGCGUGA